AUGGUGCUGUUUACUAUAACAGUAAAGAUUUGGUUUACUUUUAACAGUAAAGAUUUGGCGGCGUUUCUUCUUUACCUGGAUGACAGAUGGGGAUUGGAAAAGUAUAUCAUGACAAAACUAUUUACUCGUGCAUUUGCAUCUAUUCCAGAAGAGGUAAAGAAGGAUGAAGAACUUUCAGAAAAAAUGGCUUUAGUGCAACAGUUCAAUCGGCCUGAUAAUUUGGACAUUAAACCAAACUUCCAGAAUGAAACACCUUGGCUGCUAGCGCAGAAAGAACUACAGAAAAUUAAUAUGUAUAAAGCUCCACGAGACAAACUUCUCUGUAUCCUCCACUGCUGCAAAGUCAUCAACAACUUGCUGUUAAAUGCAUCAAUUGCAUCAAAUGAUAACCCCCCUGGAGCUGAUGAAUUCCUCCCAGUGCUUAUCUAUGUGACAAUCAAGGCGAAUCCUCCUCAGCUGCAUUCAAAUUUGUUGUAUAUACAGCGUUACAGGCGACAAUCACGGCUUGUUUCUGAAUCCGCAUACUUCUUCACAAACUUACUUUCUGCAGAGUCCUUCAUUGCCAACCUUGAUGCAGGAUCCCUUUCAAUGGAUGAAACUGAGUUCGAAAUGAACAUGGAAUCAGCACGAUUAAUUCUAACUGGCCUAUCCAACAGUUUUGAAACACCAACUACUCCUGAACCCAAACCACACUCUCAAAAGCCAACAAGAACUUAUUCUAAUUAUGUACAAUCCCCACAAGGCCAACAUUUGCAUCCACAAAAACAGGUCAAGGAGGUGGGUAAAGAAGUAGUUCUGAAACCAAAUGGAGUAUCUGUUCUGGAUUUGGAAAAGCAAGGGGCUUCUACCCUUCUAAAGGAAGAACAAAUCAGUGGGUUUAUUCGGGAGUUCCCAUUCUUAUACUCAGAAGCCGGCGAUUUAACGAUGGAGGAUGUGGAAGCACACCUCAAUGAAUAUAAAAGGCUUGCUCUCAAGUAUGUAUCUCUUUGUCAUGUCAUAGGAAAGAAGGAUACUAAUAGUGAGAGUAAGGGAUUUGAGCACCCUAGUGAAUCAGGGAGGAUUGAGGUUGAGAGCGAGAAUCAGGAUGAGCUUAAUAGAACAAACAGCAUUGUCGCUAUUGAUAUGGCGAAUGGUGAAUCAAAGCAACCUUUGGAGGAAUCAGUUUCAGAGAGUCCCGCGUGUGGAUGAGAGGUGGGGCUCCUUGCAUUUACCUGUGUAUCAUUUGAUUGAUUCAUGUUAUGCAACACCAUGAAGUAACACUUGCAUGACAUUGAUGAAUCUAA